GGGUAAAACACGAAUUUCACUGUUUCACUGAAACAAAGUCAGAAAUGGAAGCUUCUUUUCCUCCUGCAUCUCCUCUCUGUCUAAAUGAGUCAUCUGUUUUUUUUUUCCUAAAUUAAAAUUUAAUUUUUGACUUUCCAAUGUGAUAAAUCUCUGUUCUCACAAAUUAUAAAGCUUUGAUCUUUACUUCUAAAUCCCCAAAACAAUUAGAUUUUUUAAUUGACAAAAUUAUUUGCUGAUCAUUUCUCUUUUCUGGAUUCUUCUUUCUUAAUAACUAUUCCCUACCAUCAACCGAGAUGCGUGCACCGUCACUUCUUGCACAAUGCUUGCCGGGUUUAGUGCCUCAAGACCGAGGAAGCCAAAGCAUGUCUACUACAUCAGAGAGAGAUGUCCAUCUCUCGUCCCCGGCCGUGGAGAUUCUCCCCUCAAAGACAGCUCAUCCUUAUAAGUAUGCUGGGGAUAAUGUAGACCUGCAAGGACUCAAUGUGUUCAAGGGAAGAAUUAGUGUUGCUGAUAUUAUUGGUUUCACCGGUUCCGAAACGAUAUUGUCAAAACCUGAGGGGUUUCUGAAAUCUUGGGACAGCUCUAUCGAUCUUGUUAACAUCCUUAAGCAUGAGAUUCGUGAUGGACAAUUGAGCUUUAGAGGGAAAAGGGUGCUUGAGUUGGGUUGUGGCUAUGGACUUCCCGGGAUUUUUGCUUGUUUGAAGGGUGCUUGUACAAUGCACUUUCAAGACCUCAGUGCAGAGACUAUUCGUUGUGCUACCAUACCCAAUGUUCUUGCAAACCUUGAGCAAGCCAGGGACAGGCAAAGCCGACAGCCGGAGAGUCCUUUGACUCCAUCUAGACAAACUCUUGCCCCAACGGUGCGCUUCUAUGCUGGGGAUUGGGAAGAACUCCCCUCUGUAUUAUCCGUUGUUCGAAAUGAUGUAUCUGAAAUGACUCCAGGAUUGAGCUUUAGCUUCUCCGAGGAGGAUUUCUUGGAUGGAUGCAGCAGCCAAGAUGGUAGCAUUUUAGCACAAGAACUUUCGUUGAGGAGAUCGAGAAGACUUUCAAGAAGUCGUGCAUGGGAAAGAGCUAGUGAAACAGAUCAAGGAGAAGGCGGUUAUGAUGUUAUUUUGAUGACUGAAAUUCCAUACCCAAUGUCAUCAUUGAAGAAAUUAUACGCACUGAUUAAGAAGUGUCUGAGGCCACCGUACGGAGUAGUAUACUUAGCAACAAAGAAGAACUAUGUCGGCUUCAACACGGCAGCGAGACAUCUCAGAAGCCUAGUCGAUGAAGAAGGCAUUUUCGGAGCACAUUUGAUCAAAGAAGUGAGUGAUAGAGAUAUCUGGAAGUUUUUUCUCAAGUGAGUGACGAAGUUUCAGUACCAUGGAAAGAACAAAAAUGGCAGCUGAAGUGAUUGCAAACAUUGUAUUUUAGUUUUUCUAUGGUAAUUGGUGUUAGCAAAAUACAAAUAUAAGAAAAUUGUUUCAAUUCUUUUAGUAGCAAUAAUGAGGUUGGGACAUUUGAGAAGAA